AUUAAUGUCACCGAUUCAGGGACAAUACCAUAAAUUAGAGUUAAUUUGAGUGCGAAUAACCCAGUGGAAGCUAGCGAAACCGCUUGCAUAAUAAAUUGCAUACUUCCUGGAAGACCAGUGGUCCGUCCACAGCCCUCGAGAGCAACGCACCCACAUGUCGGAUGGAUCUGAGAAUUAUGGCCUCAUGUCACAGAUCGCGGGCGAGGCACGAGCGUACAUGCUCGUAUCUCGGAGGCAUGUGGCAAUUAGAGCCAAAAAGCGGAACAACAUCCACGAUGGCAAUUUUGCGAGAAAAGUCCCCGAAAUUUGUCAGGGGCGUACCGAUUUCAUUUGGUCAUAAAUUCACACGAAUAGGGCAGGGCUGCGGUGCGAACUUAACGAGCCAAGACGAGAUGGUCUCUGAGAUAGACACUCCCCAAGAUCCCAGUCCAGAUCCAUGCCGCACUUAAGGAUCCCAGACGUGAAAUUAGUUUGCCGGCCACCAAUUGAAACUACAAACUUUUCCACUUUUCCGCUUUUCCGCGUUUUCACAGAGGGUCAAGUGCAGUGCGAUGGCCAGUGGGCGCCAGAAUUGCUGAGAUUCUUCCUCUUGAAAGUGAGAUAUUUUCGUAAUUGGCAUCGCAUUUAUCAGAUUGUCAAAAUCCGUUGCAGAUGGUUGCAAUCGAGCACUGCGAUAUUAUUAGUAGUUGGCCCAGUGCAACCUGCCAAGAAAAAGGGAAGUGAGCUAACUUUGCAUAGCCGAAUUUUAUAUAUCCUAGCAUUUCGAACAACAUCGAGGAUUUAUGCAUAUUUGGCAGCAGUAUUCAAUAGUCUUGUAAUUAUUAUACAAUUUAAAAUUGUGUUGGUAAACUUAUAAUCAAAGUUAAAGUGCAUAUGAAUGAAGCUGAAAUUCCCAUUGAAUGUAUUCGGUUUUUUUUUUGCAUUCUUUGAGAGUUCUUGGUAACAAGCCAAGGCAACAAAAAUUCUACCUAUAAAUUUUCAAUUAUUCCUGCAUCUGUACGACCCACUACGUUUAUAAUACCCCCUGCAAGGGUAUGCAAAUAAGUCAAAUAGAAAAUAGAAAGCAUAUUAGAGAACUUAUGUGCGUCUUGCGAACACGUAUAAAAUGCUAUUCUAAAAUUAUUUGCGAGAGAAAGAACUUUCGGCUAGAGGUGGGUGCGUGAAUCUCUGGAUUCCUUGGCGAGGAAAAGCGAAUGCAGAGCUUUUCCACCCAAAAGAGCUCGGCCAUCCCAUCGAAGAUCCUACACAUGCACCCACACACCAACACACCCACAAGCAGCCAAGUUACCUGCUCUCUUAACCUUGUCGAUACGCAAUCUUUAUGGUUGGAUCGUUUGUUUGGGCCAAACGCUUGCGCAAAACUAACGCAGAGCAGGAAAAUGCGAACAGAACAGAACACACUUUUCAGAUUUCGUGAAAACGUAUUCUCAGUCUUGUCUCGAACUUCGCGCCAAUAUCUGCACAACUGCUGAACACGAUCGCGGAAAUUCACAAAUGCCGAGAACUUUGCGAAAUAUACAACACAUAUCAUAAUUCGAGUGGGUUAAAUAAAAUUGAAAUAAAUAGAUUUCAUGCAGUUGUGCAGCGGAAGUGCAAAAAUAGAAAUAUAAAAUUGCAUAAGAUUAAUGUGGAAUAUGUCAAUUAUUACUGUACGAAAAGCGACGAAUUUUUAAAGAUUUCUCAUUUCGAGUGUACGGAAACAUCAAAGUGAAUAGAACUAUAAUUUCGAGCUAGCGAAUUAAAGCUCGAGGUGAAGAAGAGGUGUGAAUGGUGGUUCCACAAGUACCUACAAAAGAUGUCCACCCACUGGCGGCAGAAUGCCUGCCUGUAUGCCUGCUGCAUCGCCUUUCUGCUGGGCAUGUUCAUCAUGUUCCACCUCGGUGUGCGAAGUGCCCAUAAGGGCAAGGAGGAGUUGCCAUCCAUCAGACCUGCACCUGCACCUCAACCAGCACCACCAGUCACGCUCCAUCCCAGAAGGUUGGACAACGACACCGCAACGGACCACGAACCACCCGAUGGCCUGGAGGAUCUGGAUCUGGACGAGGAGGAGCACAGCGCCUUCGUGACGCCCACCAAGGUGUACAACUACAGUCUCAGCGAAGCUGAUCUGAUCUACGAGUCGAAGCGAAACAGCGACAUUAGUUUUCUGAAAGAGUCCUCAUCGGCCUUCAGCAUGACGGGAACGUAUCGCAACAUGUCCAACGAGAUCUGGGACCCACAUCCGCAGUAUAACCUCAAUGUGUUCGGUCGCCAGUUGCAUUUGGUACUGCGGCAGGACGCCUCGUUCGUGCACAACCACUCGAUGCCCCACAUCCGGAUACUGAAGGAGGGGGAGGAGCAUCCGGGACCGGAGACGGAGGCGGAGCAGCGCCACCUGGGCUGCUUCUACUCCGGCUACGUCGAGGACGAUCCGCACUCGAUGGUCUCCGUCUCACUGUGCGGCGGCAUGACUGGUUAUAUCAAAACGAGUUUCGGCGCGCUGCUCAUUGAGCCGGUGAACCGGACCAGCAGCGAUGAGGUUCUCCACCGGGUCUUUCGCAAAUCGCAGCGCAAUGCCAGACACGCUGUCUCCAAGCUCGAGCUGGGCCUGGACGCCUUCAUGAGCAAGCUGGAGCAGGAGCAGCAGCACCAGGAGCAGGAGGAGGAGCAGACAUCCAGGAACCGCAAACUGAACCGAAAGAAGCGACACUACGCGGAUGUGGACAACCAGGUGUACACCUUGGAGGUGCUCAUUGCCGUGGACAACAGCAUGAAGCAGUUCCACGGCGAGGACCUGCAGCCCUACAUCCUCAUCCUCAUGUCGAUCGUGUCCAGCAUCUUUGCGGACGCCAGCAUCGGUAACUCCAUUCGCAUUUUGCUCGUGCGACUCAUCAGCCUGCCGAAUAUCAACGACCAGACGCAUUCCAGCAACGAAAUGCUGAAGCACUUCUGCCAGUUCAUCAACCAAUCCGGAUACGAAAGGGACACGGCCAUGUUGAUCACCCGCGAACCCAUCUGUGGCAGCGUGCCGGGCAAGAUUUGCCACAUGCUGGGCUUGGCCGAACUGGGCACCGUUUGCAGCUCCAGUUCCUGCUCCAUUGUCCAGGACACCGGACUGCCCACCGCCUUCACCAUGGCCCACGAGCUGGGACACAUCUUGAACAUGAACCACGACGACGACGACAAGUGCAUGCCCUAUGUGACCAGGCAGAACAACAACAAGGUGCUCCACAUCAUGUCCAGCGUGAUGGGCAUCCACAUGCAUCCGUGGUCGUGGUCCAAGUGCUCCCGCCACUUUGUCUCCGAGUUUCUCGAGAAAACCGACAAGUCCUGCCUGGAGACGUCCGUGGGUGGACACAUUCCGUACGGCACCGAGCGUCUGCCCGGAGAGAUCUACUCCCUGGACGCCCAGUGCCAGCUGAGUUUCGGCAACGACUUCGGCUACUGUCCCACGGACGAGGAGUGCAAGCGAUUGUGGUGCAACCGCACUUCCGGCAACUCCAACGAGCAGUGCGCCUCCAGCAAUCUGCCAUGGGCCGAUGGAACGCCCUGCGGCUCCAGUGGCCACUGGUGUCAGAGGGGCAGGUGUGUGUCGAACAAGCACGGCUACGGACGCCAGGUGAACGGCGGAUGGGGACCCUGGACGCCGUUCACGCCCUGCAGCCUCACGUGUGGUGGCGGAGUGCAGGAGUCGCGGCGGGAGUGCAACCAACCGGUGCCGGAGAACGGUGGCAAGUACUGCACGGGUAGCCGCAAGAAGUACCGUUCGUGCAACACGCACCAGUGUCCACUGGGCAGCAUGGAUCCGCGCGAGCAGCAGUGCUAUGCGAUGAACGGACGGAACAUGAACAUUCCGGGCGUGAACCCAGACACCAAGUGGGUGCCCAAAUACGAAAAGGAUGCGUGCAAGCUCUUCUGCCGCAUGGACAUGAAGGUCACCUACUUCAUGCUCAAGAGCAUGGUCACCGACGGCACCUCCUGUGCGGUGGACAGCUUCGACAAGUGCGUCAACGGCAUCUGCCGGCCGGCGGGAUGCGACAACGAGCUCAACUCGAUUGCCAAGCUGGACAAGUGCGGCGUGUGCGAGGGUCGCAAUGACACAUGCCACGAGGUAACCGGAAACCUGCUCGUCUCCAAUCUCCGGGGGCUGAACGAUGGCAAUGAGCCGAACAAGACCCUCUACUAUGUGACGCGAAUACCAAAAGGUGCCUCCAACAUUAUCAUCACCCAGCGUGGCUAUCCCGACCAGAACUUCAUAGUACUGACCGAUGACCGGGACAACGAACUGCUCAAUGGUAAAUUCCUGAAGACCUAUCCAUUGAAGUUUGUUUAUGCCGGAGUCACGAUGCAGUACACCGGAUCCAGUAGUGUGGUGGAGCAGGUGAACACGACCUACUCAUGGAAACUGUCCCGUGAUCUCAUAGUACAGAUCAUCUCACUGGACGUGAGUCCGUCGAAGCGCCAGGACACGGUCCUGAUGUCCUACUCCUACACCAUCGACAAGCCACAGGAUUACGAGGCGGAGGUGGAGAUCUAUCGCUGGGAGAUGCAGGCCCCCAGCAACUGCGACUCCCUCUGCGAGGGCAGGAGUCAUCGCCAGCCGGCCUGCAUUAGCACCACCCAGGGAGUGAAGGUUGCCCCACAGUUCUGUGACAAGUCCGCCAUGCCGAAGGUCGAGGAUCGUGCUUGCAACACCGACUGCCGCCUAAAUCUCACUGUGACGAGCAUCUCGGAGUGCUCGGCCGCGUGUGGAGAACUGGGCACCCGGGAGAAGACCUACGCCUGCGUCCAGACAUUCACGAAUAUGCAGCGAUCCAACAUCGUGGACAUGUCCUAUUGCAAGCUCAAGUUCGAUGUGGCUUACCACGAGGAGUGUCGCGAGGGAUGCUGGCGCCUCACAGAGUGGUCCACUUGCUCCAAGUCGUGUGGCACUGGAUCGCAGCAACGUGAGGCUCACUGCUACCUGCACAACUCCCGUGUCAGCGAUGACCUGUGCAAUCCCCGGACCAAGCCCCAUUUGAGCACCCUCAUCAGGAUAUGCAACACCGAGUCCUGUCCCACAUACAAAAUAUUUGAGAGUUCCCUGGCAGUUAGUAACUGGGUGAUUGGAGAAUGGGGCGAAUGCAAUGAGUGGUGUGAGAAGACUCGAUCCGUGAGCUGUUCACAUCCCUACGGCAUUGGCUGCGGAAGCAGAAAGCCCAAGGACGUCCGCAAAUGCUGCCACAUCAAGUACACCAGCGAUUGGACAGACUGCUCGGUGCAAUGUGGCGAGGGCGUCAAGAGGAAGAAGCAAAGCUGCACGCGGGUCUACAAGCCGGAUGUUCCGGGCACCCGGAAGCGGCGGGUGUACGUGGACGAAUCCUACUGCAUUAGCCGAAAGGUGCAUCGCCCCAAGCUGCGCACCACCACCAAGACCUGCAAGAUCAACUGCAAGUGGAACGCCUCGGACUGGAGGCGUUGUCCUGCCGACUGCUCGGAGGAGUACCAAACGCGGGAAGUGCGCUGCGAGACCUUCCAAGGGAAUGGAGUGGAGGACAAGCACUGCGAUGCCAAGAAGCGUCCUUCCAAGCGACGCAUCUGCAACAACUGCGUGCGCCGCCAGUCGAGAGUCAUCUCGCCGUGCAACUGCGAGGGCGUGGAGAAGAGGCGGGACUUCUGCUUCAACUCGCACAAGGGUCGCAUCGCCUGUCCCACCCGCGCCAGGGUGGAGCGGCACAGCUGCAAUCCGCCGGCACAUUGCCGGAGGAGAAGUGCCAUCGGGAGCAGCAUCAGCAGCAGACCGCGUGGCACGGGAUUGAGUAGCAGCCGGAGUUUGAAUUCAAUUGGUGGCUUACGGAAUCGGGGAAGACCGAGGAGCUGUGCGGACCUGAAGGAGAUGCACGGCUACAACGAGGAUGGCAACUAUCAGGUGGAGGUGAGGUCGCGGAUGGUGCACAUCUACUGCCACCAGAUGAACAGCAGGACGCCGCGGGAGUACGUGAACGUGGAUCCGCAGGAGAACUACUCCAUCUACUACGAGUACCGGACGAAGCAGACCAACAGCUGUCCGCCGGAGUCGCGAGCCCACGAGUACUACAACGACCAGAACUCCGGCCGGACGCACUUUAGAAAGCUGCGGCUGAACAUCACCGAUCUGCGCAUCCUGGACAACGACUUCCAGUUCGCCGACACGCGCGGCUUGCCCCAGAAGCUGGGCUCAGCAGGCGAUUGCUACAAUCGCAUUGGUCAGUGUCCGCAGGGCGACUUCUCCAUCAACAUGAAGGACACGGACUUCACCAUACGGCCGGGAACCGUGUGGCGGAUGCAUGGGCAGAACUCGGUCAUGAAGCGCAUCAGUGAGUUUGAUACCACGGCGCAGAUGCGAAGGGGAUUCUGCGGAGGAUACUGCGGCGGUUGCUAUGUCGCGCCCGAUUCUGGACUUUACCUGGACGUGUUAUGACUGAAACCACUGAGUAGUCAGCGGGAAACUUUGUUUGACCUUCCCACGGUAAUCGGGUCUACGUCCCGGGAAGGACCAAGGGUAAAGUUAAUCCGAGCAUCCCAGCAUUUCAGGGUUACCCCAGCCAAGAAUUACCACUACGGAGAGUCGUCGCUCUAACCAACGAUGGUUAAAAGUAUUCUCGAAUAUUAAUUAGUAUAUGUAAGCCUUAGCCUUAUCGUGUCGAAGCAAAGUAGCCCGAACAAAACAAAACAACCAUAUACCAUAUACCAUAUACCAUAUCGUCUGUAUAUAUAAUUAUAUUUCACUCGAAAUUAGUAACUAGAUAUUAUUGCCAUGUAAUGUAUUAAGUAUUGUAAAUACUAGAGGAUGUGAGCCUUUAACUUUUAGCAAACUAGGGGUUAUCCAUAUUGUACACCACCAUCAAAGGUCGCCGCUCAGAUUAGAACAUGUGCCAAGUAUGCAGUGAUGGAAGGAUUCUUUGCCUAGGUAACUUUUACCUUACCAAGAAAUGCAUUUCAAACGAUAAAUAAGUUAACAUAUACUUACACUUACACUUUCCCCCACACCCACCCAUCCAUCAUUAUAUUCCCCGAAAGAAGUCUAGGCUAUAAGAAAUGGCACCUCUUCUUCCAUCACUCACCAAGCGAAAAAACGAAGAGCUCGACUAAACUAGUGCAAUGCCGGUCUGUACAAUAGUUGUAUUAACUAAGCUCCGCGAUUAGUUAGUUAAGAGAGAGAGAAGUUCGGAGCAAAUGUAUGUGUAACUAAAACGAAUACUCAUAUUAUUUAGGAUACCCCGAUCGCACAAGCCAAACCAAACUAUUCAUCGAAUCGAAUUAACACAUUGCUGCUGAUUGAAUGUUAUCACUGCCAGAUUUUCAACGUUCAAUCGAUUGUAUCCCCAAUCGCCUAAGUCCCGGUACCAAGUAUCCUCGCUGUAUUUUCAUUUACGAGUAACUAGCUAGGCUAAUGCAACACCAAUGUUAACAAUUAAUUUAAUUUAAUGUCAAUUAAAGGAAUUUAAAGCUGUUACCAA